AUGGCAUCCUUCUUCAACUUUGGCCACCCAGUCGAGGUCGACGUGCGCCUCGCCGGCGAGGACGAGCGCCAGUCGGUCGAGGUCAAGGGCGACCACGGCGGCAAGGGCGCCAAAGCAGACGCGCUCGCCGGGAGGGAGCGUUGCCCGGUCUUCUUGGAUGGCGAGAGUGUGCGGGGACAGGCUAUCGUGAGGGUCAAGGACGGCAAGGGCAUCAAGCACGACGGCGUCAAGGUCGAGUUUGUCGGCAGCAUCGAGCUCUUCUACGACCGCGGCAACCACUACGAGUUCCUCUCGCUCGUGCAAGAGCUGGCGACGCCCGGCGAGAUGCGGACGGCGCAGGCGUUCGACUUUGAGUUCAAGAACGUCGAGAAGCAGUACGAGAGCUAUCACGGCAUCAACGUCAAGCUGCGCUACUUCAUUCGCGUCACGGUCUCGCGACGAAUGGCCGACAUCGUCAAGGAGAAGGAGCUGUGGGUCCACUCGUACCGCAUGCCGCCCGACAUUACAAACUCGAUUAAGAUGGAGGUCGGCAUCGAGGACUGCCUGCACAUCGAGUUCGAGUACAACAAGGCCAAGUACCACCUCAAGGACGUCAUUGUCGGCAAGAUCUACUUCCUCCUCGUGCGGAUCAAGAUCAAGCACAUGGAGCUGAGCAUCAUCCGGCGAGAAACGACGGGAGCAGCGCCGAACCAGUACAACGAGAGCGAGACGAUCACCAAGUUCGAGAUCAUGGACGGCGCGCCCGUGCGAGGCGAGACGAUCCCGAUCCGGCUGUUCCUCGGUGGGUUCGAGCUCACGCCGACAUUCCGCGACGUCAACAAGAAGUUCUCGACGCGGUACUACCUCAACCUGGUCCUCAUCGACGAGGAGAACCGGCGCUACUUCAAGCAGCAGGAGAUCACGCUCUUCCGCAACCGCGAGGGCGUCCAGGGCCUGCCCGCCGUCAUCCCGCCCGCAGAACCUGCCCUGAUGUCGCCCGGUCUCGCCCAACCCGAGCCCAAUCAGCUCCAGUUCUCGUCCGCCGCCGCCGCCUCCGCCGCGUCUGCCGUACCCGAGUCGCCCGCGCUCCCUGCACCGCCGGUCGAUCAGUCUCCUCUACCGGUCUAGCGCGAGACGUAAUUCAGCCUCUAUACACUCUC